AUGGCUGGCAACAACGACCAAGGGGAUAUCAAAAACUUGGAUCUUGGCCCAGAGUUCAAAAACUGCAAGUGUCUAAACCUUUGUGAAUUGCAACUCAUUUUAGGGGAUCAACUCAGGUUAACUUCUAAACGAAAUGAAGGAGCACAAGCGCUGAUAAAGUCCUCGUUCGACUACGCAAAUAAAUUUGCCACGAUAAAAAACAGAAGUUCCAUUGUAGAUGUCAGAACGAAUUUGGAACGUUUAGGGGAAUUGCAUGAGUAUGAAAUAGCCAUGUUAGUUAAUCUUCUCCCGAAGACGAUUCAGGAGGCGAGGUAUUUCAUCCCAUCACUGAUUAGACUAAGCGAUGAAACGUUAAAUUCUAUUUUGGAGCACCUCAUUAGUUAUAAGAUGUAUGUUUCCUGA